CAUGUCUCACAAUGAGCUAGAAAUUCUGGCUGAUACAGAUGAAGCCAAUUUACCAUCUAGGAUGGAAUGUGAAGAAAGAUGCCAGACUUUUGCAGAAAUAACCAACACAGACACGGCGUUGGCCAUGUAUUACCUUCAGGACAGAGAUUGGGAUGUGCAGAGAGCAGUCGAUGAUUAUUUCAAUGCAAAUAGAGAAGACACAGGCACAGUGAAGAAGAGUCAGAUAUCUUCAGCGUCAUUAACAGACCCCAGUCGGUCCACGUCAUUAAAAGACUCAAGUGUAUCCACGUCGUUGAAAGACUCAAGUGUAUCCACGUCAUUGAAAGACCCCAGUGUAUCCGCGUCAUUGAAAGACUCAAGUGUAUCCACGUCAUUGAAAGACUCAAGUGUAUCCACGUCAUUAAAAGAGUAUAUUGGAUCCGGAUCAGAUGGGAGUAAGGCUUGCCUAACCACAUGCCCACCAUUACUACAGCCCCAAAGUGAAAACCGAAUCAGAAUUUUAUCUUGGAACAUUGACGGUCUAGACAGAGCCAACCUACAGUCUAGAACAGAAGGGGUGUGCAGUGUAUUGUUACUAGAAAACCCAGAAGUCAUUUUCCUCCAGGAAGUGGUUGAUGACAGUCUGAAGAUCCUCAAGGCCAAGUGUGUCAACUUUCAUUUCUUCCUGGGGGCAGAGGAUAAGAUGCGUGUCCCAGGAGCAUACUAUACUGCGAUGCUACUACGUGAAGAUGUCGUCCAAGUUGAUUGUGCACAAAUUGCUGAGUUCCCCAAAAGUCUGAUGGACAGAACUCUUUUAGAAGUCCAGUGCAAGGUCAAGGGUAUCCCAAUGACCUUGAUGACCAGCCAUCUUGAGAGUACAGCUGAGUACAGUGAGGAGAGGGUGAGGCAACUGAGGAUGGCAUUCAAGCGCAUGAACUCUCUAUCAGCUGAGCAGACUAUUAUCUUUGGUGGUGACCUUAAUCUCCGCGACAAGGAAGUGAAAGGCCUCAACACCCCACUGGAUAUCCGCGACAUCUGGGAAAUUACAGGCAAGCGCCAGGAGGCCAAGUUCACCUGGGACCUGACCAUCAACGACAACAAGCAACUGGGCGGCAGGUUCCAGCCGCGCUGUCGCUUUGACCGCCUGUAUAUCAAGCACGGGAAAACUGCGGCGGUCAAGCCCGUGUACUUUGAGCUGGUUGGCAUCCAGAGGCUGGCGUCCUGUCAUAGGUUUCCUAGUGACCACUGGGGGAUCAUGGCCCACUUUGAUGUUCUAAACAAAUCGUGAGAGGUUUUCAAAUGUUUUCAAGUAAAAGCAGAAGCGUUGUUUUUGUUAUAAUGGCCUGUGAAACUUGUACAUUAAUGAAACAUACAUUUUUGUUGAAAAAUAUUCCGACAGGAAUGCUAGGGUAAAGGUAAUUGUUUCAGGUUAUAAAUACAUGGCUGAAAUGUGCUGCAGCUGAAGCACUUAAUGUGCUAUGGCUGAAGCACUUAGAAUAAAGUGCAAUUGCUGAUGCACUUAGAUUAAAGUGCUAUGAUUGAAAAUGCUAUUGCUGAAGCACUUAAAAGUGCUAUGGCUGAAGCACUUAGAUUAAAGUGCUAUGAUUGAAAGUGCUAUUGCUGAAGCACUUAAAAGUGCUAUGGCUGAAGCACUUAGAAUAAAGUGCUAUUGCUGGAGCACAUUGGUUAAAGUGCUAUGGCUGAAGUAGUGCGAUUUAAAUGCUACAGUUUAGUAGAUUAAAGUACUACUCCUAAAGGACUGAACUUUAAAAAAACAAUAUCUUGAAAAUAAUGUUCAUUAACUGAUGUCAAAUACUGUAUAUUUUUUAUAAGUAUUAUUUUCUAACCAUGCAUUUAUGUUUUUUUUUUAUUUUAUAAAAUGUAUUGUUGAAUUUAUUCAUCACAGAAUAUUGUUACACAUUAUUUCAGCACUAUCAAUAUGAGAAAUCCCUCAGUUAACUUUUAUGUUUGAAGCUAUUCUCCAAAGUAUGAACAGUUAGAUAAUAUGUAAAUACUUUUGAUUAAGUUUUUUUUAAAUGUCUUAAGUAACUAAUUUUAAUUUUUGUUAAUAUUAUAUUUGUGAAACACGCA